AUGGCCACCACGGUGGGUCCCCCUUUUCCCCUCACCCCGAAGGCGGCGGGGCCGCCCUGGGACGCUGCGGGCCCGGGCCCUCAGGGCGGCGGGCGGCGGCGGCCGGGCCCUCAGGGCGGCGGGCGGCGGCGGCCCCGGCCCAGCGGCGGCAGCAGCGGCGGCAGCAGCGAGGAGGAGGCGCCCCGGGAGCGGCGGCCGCGGGACGGCAGCCCCGGGGCCCGCAGACCCGGCAGGCCCGGCGGGGCGGCGGCAGCGGCGGCGGCGGGGCCCGGAGGCCCCGGGGCCCGCGGGCAGAGCAUGGUGAUCUGCGAGCCCGAGCACAGCAAGGAGCGCAUCAAGCUCGAGGGCUCCAAGAGCCGGGGGCAGCUCCUGAUCUUCGGUGCCACCAACUGGGACCUGAUCGGCCGCAAGGAGGUGCCCAAGCAGCAGGCCGCGUACCGGAACCUGGGCCAGAACCUGUGGGGGCCCCACCGCUACGGGAGCCUGGGGGGGCUGCGCGUGCGCUCGGUGGUGUCGGGGCCCUGCGCCGCCCACAGCCUGCUGAUCACGGCCGAGGGCAAGCUCUGGAGCUGGGGGCGGAACGAGAAGGGGCAGCUGGGCCACGGGGACACGAAGCGCGUGGAGGCGCCGCGGCCGAUCGAGGCCCUGGGCAGCGAGGCCAUCGUGGCGGCCGCCUGCGGCAGGAACCACACCCUGGCACUGACCGAGAGCGGCUCCGUGUUCGCCUUCGGGGAGAACAAGCUGGGCCAGCUGGGGCUGGGGAACCAGACGGACGCCGUGCCCAGCCCCACCCAGAUCCUGUACAAUGGGCAGCCGAUCUCCAAGCUGGGCUGCGGGGCCGAGUUCAGCAUGGUCAUGGACUGCAAGGGCAACCUGUAUUCCUUUGGGUGCCCCGAGUACGGCCAGCUGGGGCACAAUUCCGACGGGAAGUUCAUCGCGCGGGCGCAGCGCAUCGAGUACGACUGCGAGCUGCUGCCGCGGCGCGUGGCGCUCUUCGUGGAGCGCACCAAGGACGGGCAGGUGCUGCCCGUGCCCAACGUCGUGGUCAGGGACGUGGCCUGCGGGGCCAACCACACGCUGGUGCUGGACUCCCAGAAGCGCGUGUUCUCCUGGGGCUUUGGUGGCUACGGGCGCCUGGGCCACGCGGAGCAGAAGGACGAGAUGGUUCCCAGGCUGGUGAAGCUCUUCGACUUCCCGGGGCGCGGCGCCGCCCAGAUCUACGCGGGAUACACCUGCUCCUUCGCCGUCAGCGAGACCGGUGGGUUGUUCUUCUGGGGCGCCACCAACACCUCCCGGGAGUCCACCAUGUACCCCAAGGCCGUGCAGGACCUGUGCGGGUGGAAGAUCCGCAGCCUGGCCUGCGGGAAGAGCUCUGUGAUCGUGGCGGCCGACGAGAGCACCAUCAGCUGGGGGCCCUCGCCCACCUUCGGGGAGCUGGGAUAUGGGGACCACAAACCCAAAUCAUCCACGGCGGCGCAGGAGGUGAAAACCCUGGAUGGGAUCUACACCGAGCAGGUGGCCAUGGGCUAUUCCCACUCUCUGGUGAUCGCCCGGGACGAGUCGGAGGCGGAGCAGGAGAAGCUGCGGAAGCUGCCGGAGUACAACCCCCGCACCCUCUGAGGGGCCCCGAUCCCGAUCCCGCUCCCGCUUCUCCAUCCCGGCCGCCGUGCUCCCUCCCCGCUCCCGCACUCCCAGCCCUCGGCGGGGUCACUCCCACCCCCACUCCCGGCUUUUGGAAUUCCCCGC